GUUAACAGUGGAUUAUAUUGUGACCGAAAUAGAGUACCAGUAGAACGAUUAUGCCUUAUUAGUAACGGUUUUCCCCCUACUGCCUUCUGCUUCACUAGUUGGCCAACUUUGGUAUACUAGUAGGACAACUAUAUGCUACUAGUGAGGCAAAACUGUGCUGUAGUUGAUACAUACGUGAUACUAAUGCUACUAGCGCUGGAUGUUAACUAGUUGAAUUUAUGUCAAAUGUUCUUGCUUCUACCAAAAUAAUAGUUUCCCCUUACAGAACUGUUAUGUGUUUGGAUGGAAUGGUUUGUGAAUUGCAGAAAGAGGAAACUAUUUAUUAGGUAUCUGUUGAAAUAAAUGAGAUAUGUAUUUAAAUAAUAAUAAUAAUAUCCAUAACGUCUGUUCGCCAGAAGCUGAACUGCUCUGUGUUUGUUUAAGGAGUAGAUGUGUGGCUCGAAUCCUUUAACUAAAAUGUCCUCAUAAUCGACCCAUCAUAUCACACGAUUCCCCCUGUGUUUGAAUAUCACCACGUUCAUGGUUAGUUUUGAACAGAAGUCAAGGGGGAAAAUUAUAACAGGCUUUCGCCACAUAAAAUUGACACGGAGGCCUUGAGUUUGACACCUGUUAUCUACACCAAGGAGGUUUUAUUUGACACUUUUUGAACCUCUUUUUCCGGAUAGUUUUAAUGAAGGGUAUCCCAUUGCUGUUUAAAUACAUAACUCUGGGAAAAGUGUCCUUUCACCCUAUCAAUAUUUACCAAGCACAAAAGGCGAUAGAGAUGUUCCUGAGCAUCGUGGUGCUGGUGACCCUGUGGUUUGUCCACCGGUGGUUCAAGGAGUCCAAACGUGUGGCAAACAGUGGAGACAAGCAUGUCUACAUCACCGGCUGCGACACUGGCUUUGGACAUCUCCUGGCCAAGAGCCUGGAUACGAGGGGCUUCCACGUGAUUGCCGGCUGUUACACCGAAAAGGGCGAAGAUGAGCUGAAGAAGGCCUCUUCCGACAGACUGACAACGCUUCAUGUGGAUGUUACCGACUCUGCCAGCGUUAGACAGGCCGCGGCUUUCAUCCAAACCCUUGUCGGGCAGACAGGUCUGUGGGCCGUUGUAAACAAUGCGGGCGUGGCUGUGCCGUCGGCCCCCACAGACUGGCUUACUAUUGACGACUACAAGGGCAUGCUCGCUGUCAAUUUGGUGGGUGUGAUCGACGUGACCCUGAGCGUCCUGCCUCUCAUCAAGAAGGCCCGAGGCAGGGUGGUGAACGUGGCAAGCGUGUUCGGGCGUUUAAGCCCGUUCGGCGGCCCGUACUGCGUGUCCAAAUACGGCGUGGAGGCCUUCAACGACAGCCUGCGUUUGAACUUGGCGCCAUUUGGAGUCAAAGUGUUGUGCAUAGAGCCCGGCUUCUUCAAAACAAACGUCACAAACGCCAAGAUCUUGGAAAAUAACCUGAAGAAGCUCUGGGACAGAUUACCUCAGGAUGUGAAAGAUGACUACGGACCAGACUUUUUGGAACGUGCGUUUAAAAUGAUGUCUGAAAGAUUGCGGACGGACGGCGACCUGAUGAAAGUGGUGGGCUGCAUGGAGCACGCCAUCGCCGCCGUCCACCCUCGCACUCGUUACUCACCCGGAUGGGACGCCAAGUUCAUCUGGCUGCCUCUGUCCUACAUGCCCACAUUCAUCACGGACAGCUUCUUCCUUAAAUCCAGCCCCAAGAUUAAAGCAUCUGUCUUGUAAAAUACAACGUGAGUUUUCCAUGCGGUGUUGCCGCCAUUUCAAUACUUGAUCAUUCCGACGGAUUACGUGUCAAACUCACGCUCGCAAUGAAAAUGAGUUCGACAGCAAGCAUUAGCAUAUCACAUAAUCUUGUCUGGUCGCUGUUUGUUGCACCAUUGUGUCCUAAAGUCAAUCCAAUUCCAGCAGUAACACUUACUGUAUAUGUAAGACUUAGCGCAGACAACCGACCUCUUAUCUAUUGUCUGGAUCUUGUGCUACUUUUCAAGGGCUUAAUAUUCAACUUGCUUUUGUUCGUAUUGGACUUUGGCUUGACUUAACUGGGAUCCAGCGCCAAAAGCUCCUAUGGCGUUUCAGCUCAAUGUACUGUAUGUCCACAGCAUUUUAAGUUUUUAUGUCAAGCCUAUAUGAGCAGUGAUAGAUAGAACAUUUCAAAAUGUUUUCUGCAGUUGUAACCUGUAUACCCUGUACAAUCAGUUGAUAUAUAGAUAUAUCUAAAAUAUCUUUAAAAAAAAUAUAUACUGUGCACAAGUGUACGCUGUCUAGUCAACUUUUUAUGACUUUUUUUUCUAGUAUCAGCCUUGGUCAUUGCCAUUUCCAACUGUUCAUAAUUCCUUCCAGCUUGACCACGACUUCAGUUCCAGCUGAUUUACUACAAAUGGAUUUCAGCUGUUCUAGUAGGCUUUUACUGACGAGUGCUCUCUCGCAGAAGCCUGAAGGUUUUGUGCUAACACUGACUGCUAUUUCAAAGUGUUUAUAAUUCCUUGCAUUUUGAGUAUGGCCUCAGUUCCAACUGAUUUGCCCCAAAUAAAUUUCAGCUGUUCGAGUAGACUUUUCCUCACUUUUUGUGCUAACACUGUCUGCUGUUUUGAACAUUGUACUGUGUUUAUUAUUUGCCCUGUGAGACGUCCCAGUCUUGUAGUUCAUUUUCCGUUAAGAUCUUAUCAAUAUACUGGUCAAAGAAUGCAAGUUGCACAAUCCUGCGCUAGUGAAACAUUGAAGGCAUUGUCUCUGCAUUCAUUCAGUGUUCCUAAUGAGGAGACAACCACAUUGCAACUUCUGUAAGCAUGGUAGGUUUAUUAAUUUUUUUCUAUCCAUGUCUUCGAGAGCUAUUCGAUGUAUUCAUUGGUGUAACGUAAUAUACGAGGCGGAGUGACAAUUAAUGUAAAGGACACAACGCGAGCGGUUAUUAAAGUAUCUUGUGAGGUGAGUGGGA